CUCCAGGCUCGUGCGAUCUAAUUGGCUAAUGGAGGUCAAACGUCACUUCCUGUAGCUCAUGAUGGCGUUGUCCAUGACAGACCUGGCACAUUGACUUCGACUGGGAAUAUGCCUUGUAUUUUCUCCGCCAACUAAACGUUUGUUGUUUCUGUCGGUGAAAGGAUCCGACAUUUUCACCACGCAGCGGUUGACGAACUGACCCGCAGAGGAUGGCCCUUCACAGACUCACCCUCAGACUACGACCAACGGUGUCGCACGUCAGGGCCCUUCACACCGGUGGAGGUGGGCAGCUGCAGGAGGCUGUGGCUGUGCAGCCGGAACCAGAGUCCCUGUCCGUCUGCAGGACACAGGAGACGGAUCCGGCGUGCCACUCAGACAAACACUUCGGGCAGUUUUACAGCCUGUCCCCGGCACAUGUCCGCCCUCUGUUCCCUCAUGGCCUACCCUGGCGCUAUCAGCAGCAGGCAGGUCCUUCUUCAGAUGUUAAAGUGCAAAACUAUGGUGUUGGUAGAUGGCACCAGGGUAAUUGUGAAGACAUUUAAUGAAUCCUGCAUCAUGGUGAGACAGCCGGCUGUAGAGGUCAUCUCCUACCUAAAGAAAGCAGACUACAGCAAACCUGCUCUGAGAUAUUUAUUCUAUGGGUUGAAGGGCAGCGGGAAGACGAUGUCUCUUUGUCACACGAUUCACUUCUGCUACACGCAGGGAUGGCUGGUGCUGCAUAUUCCUGAUGCCCACCUCUGGGUAAAGAAUUGCAAGGAGCUGCUGCCAUCAUCCUAUAAUGCGUCUCGCUUUGACCAGCCAUUACAGGCCACAGCAUGGCUACGCAACUUCAAAAUCACCAAUGAAGCCUUUCUUUCAAAGAUAAAAACGAAGCAUCGCUAUGUCUGGACAAAAAGGGAGUCCACUGAGGAGGGAUGUCCACUGGGAGAGCUCGUGGAUCAGGGGAUUUCUCGUGUGAAGAGCAGCAGUGAUGUCGUGGGGGCAGUGAUGAAGGAGCUCAGGCUACAGAGCGGGCAGCCAGGGGCAGACUUCCGCCUGGCCGUGGCGGUGGAUGGCGUCAACGCCCUGUGGGGGAAAUCCACCAUCAAGAAGGAGGAUAAGACGGCCGUGGAUCCAGAAGAGCUCACUUUGGUUUACAACCUGAGGAAGCUGACAAAGAAUGACUGGACUGGAGGUGCCAUCAUCACAACUCUGUCUCAGACAGGGUCUCUCUACACUCCAACUUCUGCCUAUUUACCUCAAGAGCUGCUUGGAGAGAGGGGGUUUGACAGCAUGGACCCAUUUAUCCCGGUGUCGGUGCCCAACUACAGCGAGAAAGAGUUUGAGAGCUGUUACCUGUACUAUAUGGACCGUCACUGGCUGCAGCACCCACAAAGCCGGACAGAAGAUGGGAAGAAAGAGCUCAUCUUUUUGAGCAAUAGGAAUCCGUCCAUGUUUGAAAGGGUUUGUGCCUCUGUAUGAAGUCUCAAAUAUUUCCAUCUGAGGAAAAAUGAAAAUGUACCAUAAAGGUCACAAAAAUAUCCCUGUCUGAUUUAUUCUGUUGUAAAUUAUAAUGCUCUGUUUGUUUGAUAAUAAAAAUGUUAUAGUAAAAAAAACAAUUGUGGUUGACGUUCUUACAACAAUAAACAAGUUAAAUGUGAUUUUUUUUUCAGAACAUAGACAUAACAUGUCAGCAUGGAUUGACAAAUUACA